AUGGAAGAGAGUAGUCAAAAGAAAUCAGAGAGCUCUUUUUCUCAAUUGAACGUCGUUGAGGAUAAUAAUAAACAAGAAACAGGAGAUACAAGAAGUGCAGAAGAGGAAUGGAAGCCUAGGCCUGGAAUGGCUUUUGAUUCAUUUGAUAAGCUUUUCCAACACUACAAAAACUAUGGGAAUAAAAUGGGUUUUGAAGUAAUUGUAAGAACUUCAAAGAAAGGAGAUGAUGGAGAGGUAAGAUUUGCGACAGUGACUUGUUCUCGUAGUGGGAAGUCGAGCAAUAACUCUAGAAAUGCCUUUAAAAUGCAUCCCGUGACAAAAACUGAUUGUAAGGCUCAGAUUGGUGCAUCAGUACGUUCUGACAGAAAAUGGCAGAUAUGUUCAGUAGUCUUUGAUCAUAACCAUGAACUCAAUAGUCCUGCCAAAACUAGAUUUUUCAAGAGCAAUCGCGUAAUACAACCAUAUGUGAAAAGGAAGCUGGAAGUGAAUGAUAGGGUUGGGAUUAGGCCAAAUAAAAACUUUCAUUCCUUAUUAGUUGAAGCAGGCGGUGCUGAGAAUUUGCCUUUCCUACAGAAAGAUUGUAGAAACUGCAUUGAAAAAGUUAGGAGACUCCGACUUGGUGUUGGAGAUGCUUCUGCAAUCUAA